AUGAGCCUCUUUGGAUCGUCAACUGCGAAUCAGAAUCAACCGCAACCUGCGAAGCCUAGCCUGUUCACCUUCAAUAACCCUUCUUCAAGUCAGUCCACCGCUCAGCCGUCAUUGUUUGGCCAGUCGCGGACACAACCAGGCAAUGCUCCUACUUUCAGCUUCGGCACCUCGCAGUCGCGGCCUCAGCAAACCGGGGGACUCUUUGGUGCCUCUACUCAAACGCAACCGCCUGGAGGUCUCUUUGGUACUGCACAGUCCCAGCAGCAACAAUCGGGAGGACUUUUCGGUGCAUCGCAGCCGCAGCAACAAACAGGAGGGUUGUUUGGGACUUCCUCACAGGCACAGCCACCUCAACAAAGCACAUUUGGAUUCGGCCAAUCGCAGCAGCCAGCGCAGCAACAACCGCAACGUCCUCUUGACCAAACACUGAGGUUUGGCCAGUCACAGCAAGCGCAAAAUGCAUCUCAGCCUAUGUGGGAGGAAGGUCGAGGCCUGAAUGUGUUCAGAUCAAUCCCUGCACAGAUGAACAUUGUCAAAAAUAAAUGGGAUCCACAAAGUUUAACCUCUCCUCUGCGGACGUAUCUGUACCAGCACGUCGAGAACGAGACCGACGCCUUGAAAUACAGACCUGGGCCCGGAGAAGACGAAGAUAAGUGGGAAGAGGCUGUUUCCAAACGACCCGGCCCGGAGUGGGUGCCUCUUCUUGUUCAAGGAUUCUUUCAGCUAGGGAGGAAGGCUCAAAUACAGAUGGAAGCAAUUCAGAGAUGUAACAUGAUGCUUCAGGAGAUAAACACGUCGCUUGAUGUACAACUGGAUAAGCAUCGUCAAAAUGUGGCCACUCGACUUGAAGAGUGCAAGAGAAGGCAGGCGGCGACAGCUCAAAGAACACUGGCGCUGGCAGUAAAAGUCCAGAUCUUGCGAAACCGGGGCUAUGUGAUGGACAAUGCGGAGGAGGAGUUGAAGUCGAAAUUGGAGAAGCUUCAGCGAGAAAUCUUUGAUCCUAGUCUGAAUGCCAGGGAGCAAGAAGUGUGGGCCCGAAUGCUAGGUAUCAGAGAACGUACGAUGAGACUAAAGAUGGAGAUGGAAAAGAUCGCACCGGCUGCCGCUGAGGAAGAUUCAACACUGGAUGAAGAGACUGUCAAGGGGGCAAAAAAGACGUUAGAGGCAUACGACACGCAAUUACGGCAUUUAAAGAAGGAAUUGGACCUUGUGCAACAAGAGUUUGAGGAUUGGGAGAAGAUAUCCAAGGAUAGGGAUAAUGACAUUCCUCGCCGUAGAUGA